AUGGAAUUCAAAUUCUGCCGCUGUUUCUCUCGUGUUCUCUGCAGUACUGCAGAUUGCAGAACGACAAUGCAGAUUCCCUUCGCUUCUCCCAAAACAAACUCUCUCUCCCUCUCUCUCUUACUGUUUAAAGUCAAAGAACCUCGCGUUUGCCGAAAUUUACUUCUUCGUUCCUGCUUAACAAGAAUCAUUUCGUUGAGGAUUUGGGUGGAUGGAAAUGGAAUGUCCAGUAAAGCCGCAACCUAAAGUUUCAAACUUGGCUGAGUUUGUGUUCAAGAUCGUCAAAGCCUGCAGACUUAGAGCUGUAGGCUUUGUCUCUUCUGAAAAGACCGACGGCCCCGAUGCUCAAACGACCCAAGACGUCAGCGAUGAUACGGACGAGGCAGAAACUAUUGCGGAGAAAGUUCAUCCACACCCGUUUGUCGAGUCGCAUAAUGAAUCGGCUGAACGUUGCGAUAUUGUUGUCUCCAGGGUAUUCGAUGUAAUGUCCGCUGUCAAAUUGGCCUACGUUCAGCUUCAGAAGGCUCACAUGCCGUAUGACCCAGAUAAAAUAAAGGCUGCAGAUGAGCUUGUUGUGUCUCAUCUUGAGUUACUAUGCAAGAUUAAGCGAUCUUUCAAGGAGAAGAAGCAAUUGAAACAUGUUAAAUCUCUAUCUUGUAGCUCUGAACUUUUAUCCACAGAGAUUCAGGCUCACAAGAGUCAAUUAGAGAAUUUGAAAUCCCUGGUCGGUAUUAAAAGGAGCGAGGUACUUCGUUUGCAGAAGGAACUUACUAGUUUGGAAUUGAAGAACAGAAACCUAUACGAUGAAGCUAAGAAAAGUCGAAAUUCCUGUCAACUUGAAGGUAUCGUUGAUGCAACUGCUAUGGCAAUUCAUAAUUUUGCAAAACCGGUAAUAAAUUUGAUGAAAGUUUCAGGGUGGGAUCUUGACAGAGCCGCUGAAGCUAUUGAGAGUUCAGCAGCUUACUCAAAGAGAUCCCACAAAAAGUAUGCCUUUGAAGCUUACAUUACCCGGAGGAUGUUUUCCGGGACAAAGAUAACUGACACUAAUUCCUGCGAUAUAGAUUGCAUAUCGAGAUUUGAGGAUCCUAUGGAAGCUUUGUUUAUGGAUCCACAUUCUAGUUUCGGCAAAUUCUGCUUAACAAAAUAUCUUGUAGUCGUUCAGCCAAUUCUCGAGACAACUUUCUUUGGGAAUUUGGAUCAUAGGACAUUUGUGUCUUGUGGAAUACAUCCUAGGACACCAUUUUAUCAAGCUUUUGUUAAAAUGGCAAUGUGGGUAUGGGUCCUUCUAGUUACUUCCACCACCCAAUCUAGGCCCAAGGCCGAGAUGUAUGUAGUCAAGAGAGGAAGCGAAUUCUCAGAAGCUUAUAUGGAGCCAGUGGAGGGACUAGGAAAGGAAAAUACAUCAACAAAGGUUGAGUUCAUGGUCAUGCCUGGUUUUAUAAUUGGAAAGAGAUUAAUCAAAGCUCGGGUUUAUUUAAAAGGAACCAAACUAGACAAUUAGCCCUUUGCUAAUUGGUAAUCGAGAAAUUUCAUUUCAUUUCAUUUGUUUUCUCCUUUUUAAUGGAAGUUUUUGCCUGUGCUACUAAGUUGUUCUGCUUAGUAUUUAAAGCAAAAGCUUCAAGCUUAUGUUCUUA